AUGAGGCGUCUUUUGGUGCAGGGCUUUGGUGGGUAUAGAGACAUAGGUGCAAUGACAUAUUCAAUACUGACAACCCUUGGACAGACCACAAGGGGGCUGGUUUUAGCUUGGGAUUGCGGUUUGAGGGAUAUUAUAUGUGAAACGGAUUGCCUUGACAUUCUACCCAUCAUGCAUGAGCUUACAAGUAGGUAUUCAUCUGAAGUAACAGAUUUGGUUCACAAGAUACAGGAGCUUUUAUCUCGUCUUUGGGUUGUUCACGUUGAGUGGGUGUCCCGAGAAGCAAAUAGAGCUGCGGAUUGGAUGGCUAGAUAUGGUACCAAGGAUAACUCUAAUCAUGUUAUUUGGUCUGAGCCUUGUGCUGAUUUCCAGCAAAUCAUUCGCUUGGAUAUAGGAUAG